AUGUCGGUCACCAAUAUUGAUACCGUAGAUAAUUUCUCAAGCUUUAUAAGAUCACCAUCCUUAUCCGUGGUGCAUUUCUCAGCAGAUUGGGCAGACCAGUGUGGUCAAGUAACAGAAGUGCUCAAAGAGCUAUUAAAACUACCUGAAGUUGAAUCAAGUAAUAGUAAAUUUGGUGUAUGUGAUGCAGAAAAUCUUGCAGAAAUCUCUCUUAAAUAUAAGGUUGAUUCUGUUCCCACUGUUAUUUUAUUUAAAAAUGGAUCACCAGUAGAUAGAAUUGAUGGAGCUGAUGCUGCCCAAAUAACUUCUAAAGUGAAAACACACAGUGGAAGUGCAGAUCUAAUUGAGAUACCAAAAGAGUCAUUGGAAAAAAGACUAAAAGCACUUAUAAAUAGACAUAAUAUAAUGGUUUUCAUAAAAGGUACUCGGGACACUCCAAGAUGUGGAUUUAGCAGAACUCUAAUUCAAAUUCUUAAUGGAACUGGUGUUCAAUAUGAAACAUUUGAUAUUUUGAGUGACGAAGAGGUUCGUCAGGGUCUGAAAGUUUACUCUGAUUGGCCAACAUAUCCACAAUUGUAUGUUAAAGGGGAGUUAAUUGGAGGAUUGGAUAUAAUUAAAGAAUUGCAAGCUGGUGGAGAACUGGAGUCCACUCUUAACGGC